AUGUACGAUGUUUGUGAGGCUUUAAAUGUGACAGUCUCUCCAGGACCGACCGUGCGAUACUCCGAGGGGGAUAAUGCCACCCUUUACUGCCACAUUUCUCAAAAGAGAAGGACGGACAAUUUGCUGGCCGUGCGGUGGGUCUUCGCUGCGUCACCCACCCAGGAGCACCUGAUGAUCAAAAUGACAAAGUUUGGCUCCGUCCAGUACUACGGAAAUUACACUCACCAUUUCCACAAGCAAAGACUGCAUCUUCUGAAAGAGAAACAUGGAGCUAUGUACAAAUUUCAUAUCCUCAGCCUCCAGCAAACGGACCAAGGACAUUAUAUAUGUAAAGUCCAGGAAAUUGGCAAACACAGGAAUAAGUGGACAGCAUGGUCAAAUGGCACAGCAGCUACUGAGAUAAGAGUGAUUUCAUCAAAAUCAUCUGAUGAUCCCAGUUUCAAGAAAAACCAUGAAGCAUGGAAGUUUUUUGAAGAUCUCUACGUCUACGCGGUGUUUGUGUGCUCGAUAGGAAUCGUCAGCGUCCUCCUUUUCACACUUGUCAUUCUCUGUCAGUCAGUUCUGAACAAGAGGAGAUCCACAGUGAAGCAUUACCUGGUGAAAUGCCCCCAGAACAGCUCAGGGGAGACAGUUACCAGCGUGACAAGCAUGUCCCCUCUACAGCCCAAGAAGGUGAAGAAAAAGAAAGAGAAAGUGGAGCAGCCACCAGCCAUCCCGGCAAAAGCUCCAAUAGCCAAUAAUUUUCCUAAGCCCAAGCUCUUGAAACCUCAAAGAAAAUUGAUCCUGCCAAAAAUUGCAGAGGAGAACUUAACAUACGCUGAACUUGAACUUAUGAAGCCGAUUCAGGAAGCCAAAGGCAUUCCCAGUACGACAGUCUACGCACAGAUACUCUUUGAGGAGAACAAGCUGUAACAGUUCAUGCCUGUAUAAAUGUCCUUUGUCUGUGUUCUAUUUAAUUCUUGCUGUGCUGUUUAUUUAUAAAAAUCAUACAAAUGUCCUUAUUUUUUUAUUUCCAUUCAUGCACUUCUAUUUUUCUAUGAGACUUUUAAACAAAACAUAGUUGAAAGGAAUCAUAGAAAAGCAGCUGGUUGACAAGUGACGUCCUGGAGACACCCUUCGCAGUGUUUGCCCCCCCCUGUUUUAAAUGGACUGAAGUUCCAUCUGGAGCAUUUUCAAUAUUAAACAUUAUUCCUUCUUUGAUGCUAAUGUGAUGAGUCCAGCUGCAAACAUCAUCAUCAUCAUCAUCAUCAUCUGAGCAAGCCUCAGAAGGACUGGUGGCAGGAUCUGCGCACAUCAGCCUGCUUCUGAAGGCAAAGACAAAGACCACUGACCAGGAAAUUUGUCAAUUUAAUGCUGUUUUUCUCAUCAGAAAACUAUUAAUUCAGUAAAGCUGAGACUUCUUUCCACAGCAACAGAACAGCUUAAAUUACUUUUUCUGCUAUCCAGAAAUAAUUAUCAAAAGAGUUGGUUUCUGUGUUUUCAAGUUCCCUUUCUAAAUGACUUUGUAUUUAAAAACUCGUUACUUUUAGUAAAGUUCUUCCUUAGUGCUUGAAAUCAAACAUUACAAAAUAAUCCAAAGGAAACAUCCGUAGUUAAACCCCAAUGAUUUGAGGAAGAAUAUUCAUAGCUUGGGAACAUUUUCCAGGAUUUGAUAUUUUUAGAAUUCUGGUUUGGAAUAGGAAAAAUUGUGAUUGCAAGUAAGAGUUGGACAGAACCAGGACACUGCUCUUGGCCUUGAUCUAGACUGGGGCUCCCAAACUUGGAGAAGUUUCCUCCCGUGUCCUGCAUCACUGAGCUGCUGAUCCAGAGGAAACACACAGCUUCUCCUCCAGAAGGGAGCAGACUCCAUUAGCACCCUGCUCACUCACUUUGGAGUUAUUUCUUUGGAAAGAUCAGGGCUCGGGAUACAAGCCUAAUGUGAGAGCACAAAAUACUCUUCCUCUUUCUUCACCUCUUGGUAACUAAGAAGAGAUUCUUCUUUUUCCUUUGAUACCCAUUCAUGGAAAAUGGGCUGUUCUGUGGCAUCCUGGGCAUUUCAGAUGUGAAGGACAGAUAGACUGGUGUUUGCAAGCUCCUAAAUCUUCAAUGCCCAAACUCCACCAGAGGUCAGGGAGGGUUGGGUACCCAACAUCCUUCAGUCUUUGAGAAGCUUUAGCCCAUGAUUAACCACACCAUCUUCCUGCUUCCGUAUUAGAUGAAAAUCUCUGGUAUAAAAAAGGAAUUUAAGAAAAGCUUGUCAGGCUGGCUGAGACCUACAGUACUAAUUCCAACUCUAGUCCCUCAUCAAGACAGUUCUUUCCAAACAAAGGCCAGCUUUUAUCAAUAGGUUUGCCAGCAAUUAUUUGCAUUUUUAAUGUUUGCAUUUGUGAGCUGUCAAGAAAAUGUUCAUUUCACCUUUUCAUUAUCCCAGGAGUUUAAUCACCCACUCAAGGCACAUGGUAUCUAUCCUUGUUCUCUGAUUGGGUGAUGGAUUUUUAAUGACAACAGCAACCAACUCAUUGACCAAAAAGAAACUGGUGCUAAAAAGUGAUCAAACAUUCAGGGAUCAGUUUGGGACCAGCCAGAGUUUGACUGAGUAUUCAGAGAGGACACCUCUUAAUGCAGACAGCUGUAAGGAAGGCCUUAGAAAAGCACAGAACUUAUUAGUGAUUCAUUUGGAAUUAAAAAUAGAACCCUAACACAUUAAUGAGCUGACCACUUAGUUGUGAAAACUUGCUGAAGUUUGGUACAUAAACAUUCCUUUUACAUACAGCUGGCCGUUGUGCCCAUUGCUCAGAAAAAUCCUCUACUCUAUGUUUGUGCCCAGUAUUUUAAUGAAUACCACUCUUUGUGUAUUAAUAGUCUAUAUCGUCUUGUUUAUGUUUGAUAUCUAAUUCCCCAAAAUAAUAGUUAAUUAAGCUAAAUAAAUUACCUUUUUUUUUUGGGCGA